AUGAUUGUUGUUAAACAAACCAAAUCACUACUAAAUAAAAUUAUCCCAGAUGCUGUCAACCCUUUGUCGGGAACAGACUCAACGACAACUAAAACAAAUCCAAACAUAAUAUCACGAAACAGGGGGUACCUGUCAUCCCAUCAUGCAAAUAAUGAUCUACUGCGCAGUGGCAGUAUAGGACGCAAGAAUAGCACCAACAAACUGAAAAGUCGUAGCAGUCGUCAUCAACGAAGUCCUUCUCCCUUAGGAGCUGAUGCUACUGCUGAUGCUACUGCUACUGCUGAUGCUACUGCUACUGCUGCUGCUACUACCGCUUAUGCCAAAUCCAAAACUAUCGAUGACGAGGCCAGGCCCCAUGGGCAGAAGGAGGUAGCCAUACAAUCAAAGAACAACAACUUCAAUAAGCAAGAACUAAACUCAUUAGAAUGGGUAUUGAUAUGUAUUAUUGUGUUGCUUAUUUUCAUAAUGUACAUGAUUACCUGA